UCGGAAUCUGCGGCCAGCUUUACGCCGAUCACAACCAAGAUGGCGUCGCUGUCAACUUGAAAAACGUCUUGUUGCCAACCAGAAAAGAAGUUUAGUUUUUCUUCCCGUCUGUGGAGUUAUGUGUGUUGUGUGAGAGUCAUGGCUGCACGGCGGCAUGCUGAGGACCCUUACAGUGGCCCUGAGUCUGACGGGGAGUACAGCGGGUCACAGAGCGACGUGGAUUCCCUCUCCGGGUCGGAGUACUCCGAGUCAGAUAGUUUACCACCAGUAUGGGCAGACAAGGUACAGCCAGACGGCUCUCUGUUCUACUUGGAGCAGUACAGCGGAGCCAAGGAACCAAACGGAGAACUACCGACUCCGCCCAAUGGGAAAGCACCUAACGGCAACGUCCAACCAGAAAAGAAAGAGCCCACAAAGGAAAGCGGCAUCAGCCGCAUACGUGGAAGAUCAAGAACGAAGAACAAAGACAGUACAGACGGCGGGCAGUCCGAUAUGAACGGAGCAGGUCUGUACGAAGUCAGGCUGAAAGUCGACCCAACCAAACUGCAGAAGGAAGCAACGCUAGAAACACUGCUGGGGAUCAUUCCGAAACCGAUCUUGAGAAGCGCGGGCGACGCCACACCAGUGAACUCCCGUAUGAAGCAGAUCCUUCUACAGACUAUACUGCCCGAUGGCCCUGCUAUUAAAGCCACCCAGCUGAGAAUAGGUGACUGUCUGGUAGCCGUGAAUGACUUCAAUGUGAACAUGGACAACAUCAACCAGCUUCUGUCUGCCAUUGUCACACCUAUGGAGGUCAAACUUACCAUGGAGCCUGCGCCUGAGCCAUGGGAGCCACCCUCACCCUCACCCUCCGUAAGAGAACCAGCCAAACCCAGCCAACUGGUCAAACUGGUGAGCGGACAGGACGUCUCCACGUACCAACACAUACUGGAGAGGAUUCCACACAUCGUCAUGUACCUCACCAUGGGCAGUGACUCCAACAACACUCACAAGGAAGAGGAGAUCUUGUACAGCUACCCUGAUAGUGAUGCCUCCAGGAGGCUGAAGAACAUCCGAGGCAUGUUCAUCACUGUGGGAGACAUUCUACAGAACGUCACAGGCACCAGAGUUAAGAGUUCGACUCUGGUUGUUGACAAACAACACAUCCACAUCGGCUACUGGAAGAAAGGUCAACACCUGCUGGUGCUGGGGUUACCUGGGGACAAGGUCAAGGUGGAGCAGCUGACCCACAUGGUCAGUGACGUGGUCCGAUUCCUGACUGUCAUCUAUGGAUCAAUAGAGAGUGCCUUUUCUACGACGGCAAACAUAAGCCAGCUGGACCACUUCUUUUCCCUGCUGUUCAAGAGAGUGCUGCUAGGGGGCCAGAUGUCGUCCAGUCUCCAGCCAGACGACAACAGUUCAGCAGUGAUGGACAUGAUCAUGGCAGUCCCAACACUGCACAUACCCGAGGACAUCAAGACUCCAUUGGAUGCUGCCCUAAGUGAGUUAGAAGCUGCUGACUUUGCCGACAUGUCUGAUGACUACUAUGAGCUGAGGAGGGCAUUCACAGUACUGGGAAGCUGUAUGUUCUACAAAGGUCUCCUGGCUGCUAACCACCUGCCCAGAGAAGACCUGCUGGAUGUGUUCCUGUACUGUCGGUACUACUGUUUACUGGCACUGGCGUCCGAGGAGAGGGUGGGCCAGCUGGUGCUGUGGAGAGAAGUCCGCCCCACACGCAGGUUUGGCCCUGAACACAGAGAGGCCGACGCCCCGGGGUACAGCGAGCCGGAAGGACGCUGGUUCCUUCUGAUUGUAGGCUUGAGACACUGGCUGUCUGCUACUCUAUUGGAGGCAGGAGGCUGUGCGGAGAGAGCGGAGGGUAGUGUGAGUCCUGACCCUUUCCUGGUGGACCAGGCUAAAGCAGUCAUUCUGCAGCUGGAGACACAGAACGUCGGAAACUUGUUUGAGGACAGACUGCAGUCCCCGUCCAACCCUGCCCUGUCCUGUGCUGAAUGGUUCCUCCCCUCCAGUAGAGAGAAGUCCACCAGUAAUGCCAGCAGCACCAGCAGUAUCCUGGGUACUCCUGUCCUGGGUAGGCACCAGAGCAGCUCACCAAAACCUCUCAGACUCUUCCAGAAGAGUCCACAGAGUUCUUUCUUACAAGUACCAGGAGCCAGAGCCGACGGAGACAAUGUCAGCCACUCCGGGAGUGAACACAGCGGCAGCGGAGUGCCGUCAUUGGGCGGAGACAGUCCCCACUCCACACCUAGCCUGGAUCGCAGGCACUUCAGGAAACAGUCCGAGGGGUCGGGGUCUGGGCAGUCUGGGGAGAGUGGAAACAGCAGUGGACUUUUCAAGGUGAAGAGCAAGAGGCUGAUUCCUGAUGCUUUUGAGAUGUCCAAUAUCAACAGAGUACUGGUGGGACAAGACAAGGAAGAGUUGUCUUAUUCAACAAAACUGACGUGUGGAGUAGACAACACGUUGUUCCACUACCUGACAGUGAACACGUCGGCGGGUGUGGUGGUGUGCCCCACCCAUCAGGAUGUGGGCAGGCAGGGCGGGGCUCUCCACAUGGACGUCAUCAGGAACUUCUACUGCUGCUGCCAGACCAUCCACGCCAUGUUUGAGAACAGCGCACAAGUCAAGGAGCUGAGGGACAGGCAGGUUGACGGCCCUCUGCACACAGAGAGUCCACUGGGAGUCAUCACGGAGCAGGGCGUCCUGUUCCACUGUGGACCUGCCAACCUGAACGACUCCAAACGGGGCACGCCUACCAUCACAUACUGGGUUGUAGGGAGACUGUACAUGGCCAAGGAACCCAAGGAGGUUUUUGUGUGCUUCCAGGACGGAACCCAGGACAAUGUUGUGGAGAUGGCAUUCAAACUUCUCUUUGGUACAGACCUGUGAGACCCUCUAAUCUGUGUUGUCCAGUGAAGGACAUG